AAAACACUAUAUGAUUUGUGAUACAGCUCAAGCAGACGCUACAAAAGUUGGGCUAUUCAUACAAUCAGUUCACACCAAUCCAAAUCCCAUACGUUUAGGUUCUUGCCUUCUUGGUACUUCCAUUUCCAUAGCUAGAUUAUAUAAACAAACUACUCGCAUUAGCAAUAAUUGUCUUAGAAUGAAAAUGGGCUACUCUUGUUUCAAGGUUGGGAUAAUAUUAACUAUUUUCUCACUAACACUUCUCCUUCCAGUGACUCAUGGCUGGGGAAAUGAUGGGCACUUCAUAGUUUGCAGAAUCGCUCAGUCUCGGUUGAGUGAAGCUGCUGCAGAUGCUCUGAAGCAACUUCUGCCAGAGUCUGCGGAGAAUGACUUAGCAAGAGUGUGCUCAUGGGCAGACAAUGUCAAAUUCCGUUACCAUUGGUCAUCUGCCCUUCAUUACAUUGACACCCCAGAUUCUCUCUGCACCUACCAAUACAAUAGGGAUUGCAAGGAUGAAAAUGGAGACGAAGGAAGGUGUGUUGCUGGUGCAAUUAACAAUUACACUUCCCAACUUAUUACCUACAACACUGCUUUCUCCCUGCAGAUUGAAUAUAAUCUCACAGAAGCACUUCUUUUCCUUUCUCAUUUUAUAGGAGACAUCCAUCAGCCUCUGCAUGUGGGUUUUACUUCAGACAGGGGAGGCAACACAAUUGAUGUCCAUUGGUACACAAGGAAACAAGUCCUUCACCAUGUUUGGGAUGCAAAUAUAAUUGAGACAGCUGAGGAAAGAUUCUACAGCUCAAAUGUGGAGGACAUGAUUGAUGCAAUUCAGCAGAAUAUCACGACAGAAUGGAGAGAUCAAGUUCAAAAAUGGGAGACCUGCAGUCGUAACAAGACAGCCUGCCCAGACAUGUAUGCAUCAGAAAGUAUCAAAGCAGCAUGUGAUUGGGCGUACAAAGGUGUAACGGAAGGAUCAGUACUAGAAGAUGAUUAUUUCCUAUCCCGAAAACCAAUAGUGAAUUUGCGAUUAGCUCAAGGCGGGGUCCGAUUGGCAGCAACUCUCAAUCGCAUUUUUCAAUGACUUAGUCUGGUGCUAAUUAAUGUUUGGUGUUAAGUAAGGCAUGCCUGAAGCUUUUCAAAACGUUAUGUUUACUUUAGUACAUUAUCAAUGUAUCAUAAACAUCAAGGCAUUGCUUGCAAAAAAAAUAAUGCAUAUAUUCAAAUAAUUCUUGCA